AUGGUUGAGGUUCAGCGAGCGCCGUCUUUGGAAGGAACGCUAGGAAACGCAAUGGAUGCGACGGGAGUGAAUAGGCGACUCUCCAAUGUGAGAUUGGCGCCAAUUGACGAGUCGAAGGCGGUUGCGUCCCAGCAGGAGGCGAGGAAAGAGCCAGCGAUAAACGACUGGAAACAGAGCGGCUUCCGCAAGCCACGGCGUGCCUUCUCUUCGAACGACUACCCGCUUCCGAGUCCAGGAUCCAGUCUUCCCGUGUCAGCCGCCGGGUCGCCCGCACUGAGAUCAAACGAGGCCAACUCGUAUUUUUCACUCCAGCCUACAGCUUCAAACUCAGCUCUCUCGUCGAUACCUGGAACACCUACGGAAUCACCAAACACAGCCCCAAAUAUCAACGUGGCCUCAGCCCUCUCCUCCAGAUAUGCGACCGCCGUGUCGCACCCACUUGCUCCGCGCCCAGAGUUGCAUGGUCCACAGCGAUCUUACUCGGUAAUGGACUACGUUCCCUUGCCGGUCCUGCAGCGCCCCGGCGAGAAGCUCCAGCUUGUCCACCUGCCGCCCGAGCUGCAUUUUGCCAUCUUUGACUUCCUCGACGAUCUCGACAGCACCUGCCUGGGCCUGACCAGCAGACACUUCUACUACAUUCACAGACGCAUGCGCGGCACGAUUCCGCUCUCCACCCGCCGUGACGGCCCCAACGACAUGGAGUGGAUCUGGCGCCUGGCCGGGCCGCUCAUCGCCAAGGGCCACAGCGAGGAGAGCGCGGUCAACUCGGUGCUGCCCCGGGGCCAGGUGUACUGCCGGAAGUGCGGCGUGUCGCGCUGUGAGCUGCACAAGCACAUGCAGGAGUGGAUGGGGCCCGGCUACGAGUACUGCGAGGUGCGCCAGAAGUUCGGGCCCAUGGCCCCGGCGGACGCGAAGAGAAACUGCUACAGGAGCUCGCCGAGGCACCCGCACCGGUGCGGCCGCCACACGCGACAGCAGCGCGCCGUGAGAUUGGUCUAG